UGAUUAAUCACAAUUGUUUUUCAAUUUGUUUAUACAAUCUAGUGGAGACCACUAAAUUAAUUGAUUUUUACUAGCUCCUCUUUAAGUUUGACCAUCCAUCAUUACGUUAGUAAAAAAGUAUUCUACACUAAAUUAUUUUUCUAGUAACAUGGGUAUAUUUGGAGAAAUUUGGGAUACAAAGUUCUCCAAAUUGAUAGGAGCAAAUACAAUACAGUUCACUUUCAUCCUAUAAAUUAUCUAACAGAAUGUCAUGUCAAAGUCGAUUGUAAGAGUUAUUUUAUUUAUGUUUUUAGUUAAUAUAAUAAAAGUGAAGUACCGGCAACUAGCAAGCGGUUAUUCUCGUGUAAAGUAAUAAUAUACUAGAUUCUGACCUGCCCUUCAAAAGGGCGGGUAUAUUUUUUUUAUUUUUUUUACAUUUAAUUUUUAUAUUUAUGUUUUUAAUCAUAUUUGUGUUUUUAUUAUAAUCAUAUUUUUGUUUUUCUAAUAAUCAUAUUUAAUUUAAAUUUUGAUAGAUGUAUUAGUUUUAAAUAUGUCAAGUUGCAUAACUAUACACUAUGCUAUAUGUAUUUCAGAAAUUAUUUUUAAACUUUAUGCCUAAGUUUGUAACAUAUUAUAUUUUCUUAAUAGUUAUCUAACAUAAUUAGUCAAAAAUAUUCGUAUUAAAAAACCAAUUUUGGAAUCGACCAGAAAAUCAAGUCCCGUACUCUAUUAGACAUGAACUAUAUACCCGAACAACAAACCCGCCCCAACCCACCUCGAAGAAGAACGAACAAUAUUUUUGAAAAAUGUGAAAAAAUAAUUUUAAUAUGUACUGUUAAAUAUAUAUUACAUUGUAAGUAUAUUAAUUUUAUAUGUUUAGGGUUGUAUUAAUUUCAUUUUUAACAUUUUAAUUUUUAAAAAACUGUUUUAUAAAUUUAAUUUAAUUAUUAUGCCAAAUUCUUGUAUAAUUAUUAAGCAAGUUUAUUCUUUACAUCAAUCCAUAUUCGUUUAUAAUAAAAAUGCGUAUUUUUAAUUAACCAGAUUUAAAAUGAAAUAAAUAAAGUUCUAAGAAAAAAAGGAAGUUAUGGGUUCCUAGAAUUUAGGAAAAAAAAAAGAAGAGGUUACGUAAGAGGAAGAAAUAUGUAGAUUUAGAUGUAGUUAUAUAAGAGUUGGUUUAUUUUUUUAAAGUAGAUUAUGGGGAAAUAGUUGUUGGACUAAACCUAUAUCAAUAGGUCACACUGCUGUUUUAAUAGAAUAGAUCCUCAUUUAUACUAGCUUAUUAAUAUUGUAUUUAACCAAUCAUUCAUGUCCAUAAUUCUAUUCAUACAAAGCAACGAAGCGGGACAUGUUUUUUUUUUUUUUGCAUCUCGUUUUAUUAAAAGCCCGCGAAGAGCUAUAAGUAAACCAAAUAAAUUAUGAUUUCAUUGAUAAUUUGAUUACCAGCUGGAUUAGACUUGUUGAUUGAUCUUUUUGUUCUAAAACAUAUAAUCAAAUGUAAAUUAUUAGAUUUAGUAUUGUAUCGAUAUAUAAUGGACCACUGUCUAAAAAAUUCUUAAGCCGAUGGGUUGAAUUAUCAAUACAAAUCUUUUUGGUUUUAGAAUUUUUUUUUCAUCUGUCAGAAAGAAAGUAGUAAAUCAUAUUCCUUCCUUUUUAACUGGUCCAAAGUACCAUGCAUCGAAAAGUUUGGAACUUCUCACUUAAGAACAUGCAUUUUUAUGUUUGUUUUACGAAGUUAUAAUCUUCUUAUAUAUUAUGGAGCAGUAUCGUGAAAGUCAUAUUAUGGACAUGCAUUUUUAUGUUUGUUUACGAAGUUAUAAUUUUCACGAUACUGCUCCAUAAUAUAUUUGGCGUGUGGUGCUUUUGAUUGAUAUAAGAGAAUAAGCAAAUUGAAUAAAAUAAGCGGACUGUGUAAUGGGUGUCACGUAAUCACUAUUUUUUUGGCCUUUGUCAUUGUCUAGAUAUUUAAUUGAAAUGAUGUCAUACCGAGUAGGAUUAUUAACUAUUAUUGUUAAAGGGUACAGUUUCAUGAUUUUUUUAAUGUUGUCCCAACCUCAAAAAUAUAGUAUACAAUACCAAAAACCUCAAAAUAUAUAUUUGAAUUAUUUGCAUUUCAAUCUUUAUCACCUUAAAUGAUAUUUUUAUCACAGUUUAUGUCGGAAAAUAUUUGAACUUAUUUAUUCCAUGUUUGUCGAUAUAAAUAACCCUUGCGGUAAUCAGGAGCACAAUGAUCAAGUUAUCUUAUGACACAUGUGUGUCGAAUUUUAUUUAAUUUUACCGGACCAACCAUGUCAUCCACUAUAUAUUAUUAGAGAAACAUUACAAACAUUUCAGCUAUGAUACAUGUUAUCACUAAAAUACUUUUUAGAGAUAUAUAUUAAUCCACUAAGCAUUUAUUAUAUACUUCUCAUUAAACUAAUCAUAAAAUCAAUUAACAAUCUACCAUUAAUAUUUUACAUUCUUUCUUUAAAUAAAAUGUAUGAAAUUACCAAAAAACAAAAAACAUAUGUUUGACAAUUAAUAAUUUUAAUAGUAAUGAUUUGAUAAAAAAUUACAUUAUCCAUUAUUUUUAAUGUUAUAUUAUUAAAAUAAAUUAAAAAAUCAUACUAACCAUAUAAUCAAAAUUUAGAUUUUUUUUAUAUAUGUUAUAUUUUGAAUUUUUUAAAAUGAUUAUAAUUUAUGAAAACUGUUAAAAGUCUCACAAUGAAAAGUUUGUGAUCAUUAGUUUAAAUGUUUUGUUAUAAUAAGACACAAAUUAUCAUAAAACAAUAUACCAUAUAAAAUAUUAAAAUAAUUUAAUUUAAAAAUUUGCACUGAACAAGUAUUGAAAUUUUCGAAAAAAAUUAUAAGUUAUUGAAAAUAUUAAAGUUCCCACAUUAAAAGUUUUGUUAUUUAUGGUUUAAAAAUUUGUUCAAAAAAUUAAAAUGAUCGCAAAACCAUAUGAUUUAGAGGUUUCAUUUAAUAGAUAGUCAUAUUAAAAAUAUUCUAUAUAUAUGUUAAUAUUAUUUAAAUUUAUUUAUAAACAAUACAAAAUAUAGAAAAUAAUUGUUUAAAUUUAUUUACGACAAAAUGAUUGAAAUAAAGAAAAGUGAUUUUUUUAUUUAUGUAUUUGAGUCAAUUUAAUUAUAUACGUAAUAGUUAAGAGUUUUUCAGUUAUCCAAUAUAGAUUUAUUAAUUGGUUUCAUAAUAAGUAAAAAGAACAUUGGUAUGUAAAUAAUGUUAUAUAAAAUGUUGGAGAAGUUUCAUAUUUACCACUUUCAUGGUAUUAUCAUUCAUGUUUACCACUACUAAAGAUAUAUUUUCAAAAAUAUCUUCUUCAUUAAGUGGAAAAAGACUUUUAUACCUUUGUUUUCUAUAUAUAUAAUAAAUAAUUAUUUAAAUAAAAAAUAUAAAUAUAUAAAAAAAUUAUGUUUACGAAUUAUACUUUUUCAAAUUUGAAUUUUAAUAAUUGUUUUCGAUUUUUUUAUUUCAAAUUUCAUUUUUGAAAAUCAAAAAUUAUUUUUUAAACUAUUUUUUUAUAAAAAAAUUAGUAUUUAUUUAUAUAUUUAUUAGAAUCCUAAAUUUCACAUUUCAAAAACUCUAUAUGACCCCUCAAGUCCAAAUCCUUAAUCUAGAUUAGUUAAUUAUGAGUUAUAAAUAUGUCUUUUAAACUUUAUUAAAAGUGAGAUUAAAAGUGGUUAGUGUAAACAUGAAAAGUAGUAUUAUGAAUAUAAUAUUUUUGGCAAUUUCCCUAAAAUGUUCAUUCCAAGCAAGACACUGAUUUUAAGCUAAUUGAUAUAUAUUUUAUGUGAUUGAUUGGAAAGAAAUGGUUUGAUUCUAGAUCAGUAGCCAGUAGGGUCGUCAUAACUCAUAUUAUUUGGACCGUCUCAUAUAUAGACUUAUAGUUAUGGAGACAUGUAUUGUACCAAAUUUGGCACGUAGCUCCAGGGCUUAAAUAAGAGCUUUGCAAAGUAAGCGUAAAGUAUCAACCCAUUUGAAUCGGCUGAAUUAUAUGGAAGUACUAAAGAACAAAAAGAUGGUGGAUGUCCACCAAGGUGAAUCGUCCACUCACAACGACGUCAAUCACGCUUAAUUACUUGUGCUUGAAUUGAUCUUCUGUGCCGGGCUCAGCGAUGCUCAGACGGUAAAAUUUUAUCGACAACUUGGUUUCCAAUUUUUUAGUUAGCCAUACUUCCAAAUCGAUUUUGCUCUUACCUUUAGUAAGCAUUCGCUAGCUGACUUUUAUAGUCUUCAGUAAUGCUUUGUAAAACUCUUGACUGCGUUUGUAACAGUUCAACUUUUCAACUAAUAUUAAUCAGAAAGGUGGCUAAUAUAAUAUAUUAUGUUACAAAAAGGGGGCUAAUAUAUCCAUGUUAAACAGCUUCCACUUACGUUCAUUUUUUUUCAAAAUCCAUAGACAGUCAAAUCUUGUUGUAACUUCUUUUAUUUGCUCAAUUAAACACAUUUUUCGAAAUUGUAAAAUACGGCAGAAGUGAGCCCAAGUACAAAACCUUAAGGAAAGUGAUUGAUAAGCUGGAUAAAUUCGGGAUAGGUGCGAUUGGAUAGAGAUUUGGUCAAGUACCGAUGUUUCCGACCACCUCCACGUGGUCACACUGCUUGCCUUUCACUUUCAUACUCUGACCUUUUGACUGCACGUGACUUUUGUCUGUGUGCACGUGCGGAUUAAGCUAACGUGUCCGGUUCAAGUACGUUGCACUGAACCCUGACUCGGCAGGUUGCGCCGAUGAAAACGACCAUGGGCCCCGCACACCAUGAGUCUAGACAGUUCCCAUCUGUUUUUAGAAGGGUCCCAUAUGGUUCAGCGCACAUGCGCCGCGUUGAGGAGCUUUAGAGCACCCUGGUUUUGGGUUUUUAAUUUUUUUUUCUGUCUAUUUAAAAAAAAGCGAAAAGAAAGAGGGAACCAUGUCAAUAGGACCCGUAAACGGAACAAGAAACAGACCAAAAACAACCCUUAUAUAGCGACUUAUGCAACUGGUUUUAUGCAAAUAUGCAGGCCCUAGAACCGUGUUAAAACUAUAUAUGGGUGCAGUAUGAAGUUAAAACUAGGAGUCUAGGACAACCAGUCACGAUCCGAUGAGCUCGAAGCAUUAAUGGGUCGGAUCCAGUUUAGUCAUUUCGAUAAAGUUGCAAUUAUUUCGAUGGGUUAUAUAAAUACUUCAAACUAUUUGAUAGAAAGUGUAAACUAAUGGUCUAGUAAUUUUUGCUGAUAUUACUUUUUGUUAAAUUUUUUGCUGAUAUUACUACGUUAUGAAAAUAAAGAUCAAAUUAGUACUAAACCCUUGUUGGUUCGAGGGAUGUUCAUUCUGUACUCAUCUUUGGUUUCUGAAAGAGAUUGUCGUUGUAACGAUCGGUUUCCAUGUUUAAAUAAAUUCAUUCAGUUUAAAUAAAUUCAUUGAAGACCAAAAAAACAGUACUACACCAAACUCGAGGUAAGGUCAUUAAUUAUUUUUGAAACCAAAAAUAUCAACUAGUAAUAUGACAUUGUGAUAACACUACACUUACUAGUUACAACAUCAGAUUAAUGGACUAUUAACUUUCUCUAAAGUUAUCAUUAAAAAGGGUCCACUCCGUUUUAAGAUAUACUCCAUCCGUUUUUCAAUAUAAAUCGUUUUAGAAAAAAAUUUAUGUUCCAAAUUAUAUGAACUUUUCGGUUUUCUAUGUAAAAUUUAAUUAUUAACAGUUAAUGUUGUAUGACUAAUGAUAAUAUAUCUUCUAUUUUAUUAUUGGUUGAUUUGUGGGAAAUAAAUAAUUAAUGAUGUUUUUGUUUAAAAAAUAUAAAAAGUUAAUGAUUUUUCUAAUUUAUGUGCACAAUUCUAAAACGAAUUAUAUUAAAAAAAAGAAAAUAUAAAAUUAUAAAAUAUUGUAGAUCCUCAUUAUAGUAUAGGACCAUUAUCUUUUUAUUUUGUAACAGAAGGACCAUUUGAGUUCUAGUUAUGCGGUUUGUGCCCUCUCACACAUGACAAUAAAAGUUGAUUUAAAUAGAUACUCUCUCCAUUCUAUAUUAAGUGUUGUUGUAAAGAAAAUUUUUCGUUGUAAAAUAAAUAUCGUUUUAGCAUUUCUAUGCAGAACUUAUUAACUAUAUUUUCAAUUUAUUUUUCUAUUGGUUGAAAUAUGAUUAAAUGUAUGAAUAAUGAUAUUUUUAUAUAGAAAAUAUGCAAAAUUAAAUAUUUUUUAAUAUGUAUUCACAAAUUUUAAGUGACAUUUAAUAUUAAAUAUAAAAAGUAUUAAAUAUAACAAAAGGGAACUUCUAAGUAAAAAAAAAGAAAAAAAAAUGUGAAACUUUAGUGAGAACAUCGAACACACUGCACACAUGUAAAUAUAUAUAGAGAACGGGUAGAAUUUAAAUAUAUGUUGCUAUCAUUCAUUUCAUAUAUUACCUUGAGUGAUUAGAGAUUUGUCGGCUGGUAUUUUCUCUGUGCUGAACAGUGAACAAUAUAUCAGCAUUAAAAACUAAUAGCCUAAGAAUAUCUAAUAACACUAAGGUAACUUUUAAAGAUAAGAUCAGCACAAAAGGUAAUCUAAUCUUAAAUAUUUUAGUUUAUAACAAAACUGUUAGAUAUAAUAUUUUCUCAAGUAAAAGGAAGAUUCAAUAAUUUUACUCAUUUUUCCUUUUACCAAAAACACUUGCGUUGUUAAAAACAUAAAAGCUAGAAUAAUUAGCGACACGAUAAAAUUGAUUAGAUCAAUUCUGUUAAAAAUUAAAUUUAACGCGCCUUAAAGAGAGUGGCCUUUAGGAUUCGUUUAUCAUCUUUGUACCCAACUUCCACUUGACAUUUUGAGUUGAAAAUUAAAAAAUGAUGCGUUUUCUAUAUUUCGUCUAUAGUUUCUGAUAACCCAAAUCGUCCUUUAUUUUUUUCUCAUGUUAAUCUUAUCUCAGGCUUUCAAAUUAUAAAACUUCUUCAGAAUACAUCCUUUCCGACUGGAGCCAAAGACUGAAGCCCUAGUUUUCUUUGGGAUCUCAUGUAAGGUUAACUAUUUACAUAUAUUUUUGUCGGCUUGUGUGCGUAAUAUAUUGUAUGUUUUCUAUAACAUAUACUCAUUAUAUUAUACUAAUAACGUUAAUAUACAUAUUAUUAAAUAUAAUAAAGGGACUGUUUCUCCGCUAAAUUCUCGGUGUAUGUCUUUGCUUUUACUUUCCUCGUUCAAUGAGAGGACCAAAGAUUUAUUUGCAGAGUCGCACAUGAAUCUCAAUCUUCUCUCUCCUUCUUCAAAAGCACAUCAGAAUUACGACGUGCUCUCUUAGACAAGAGCUGCUUCUUCCUCUUGCCCUAACAAAGCUACAUAACUAGGGUUUCCUCUAACAUAAGUUACCCUUUUCUCUUUUCUUGGUCUUUCAUUUUAGUUCUGUUCUUGGUCUGUUUUAGUUUUGUCGGCUUGUGUAACUAAUCACCCCCCUUCUUUAGCUAGUGGCUCCUCAAAAUCCUGAGUUUUGACUUCUCUAUCUAAGUUCUUUUUAUCUCUUCACGCUCUUGCUCACCUCUCAGAGAAGGAUCAAGAUUCAAGAACCAAGAAUCUAGAGAAAAUUUAUUUGAGCUGGCGAAUAAACAGUGGUGGGAUAGGGAACUAGUAGAUGCGGCGGCGAUGGAAGGCGGUUACGAGCAAGGCGGUGGAGCUUCUAGAUAUUUUCAUAACCUCUUCAGACCGGAGAUUCACCACCAACAACAGCUUCAACCGCAAGGCGGAAUCAAUCUUUUUGACCAGCACCAUCAUCAGCAACAACAACACCAGCAGCAACAAGAACAGCCGUCCGAUGAUUCAAGAGAAUCUGAUCACUCAAACAAGGAUCACCAUCACCAAACGGGUCGACCCGAUUCAGAUCCAGCUACAUCAAGCUCAGCACCUGGGAAACGUCCACGUGGACGUCCUCCGGGAUCUAAGAACAAACCAAAGGCACCGAUCAUCGUAACGCGCGAUAGCCCGAACACGCUUAGAUCUCACGUCCUUGAAGUAUCUCCUGGAGCUGACAUAGUUGAGAGUCUUUCCACUUACGCCAGGCGGAGAGGGAGAGGGGUAUCCGUUUUAGGGGGAAACGGCACCGUUUCUAACGUCACUCUCCGUCAGCCAGUCACUCCCGGUAACGGUGGUGGUGUUGGGGCUGGAGCCGGUGGAGUUGUGACUUUACACGGAAGGUUUGAGAUUCUUUCGCUAACGGGAACCGUUUUGCCACCACCUGCACCGCCUGGUGCUGGUGGUUUGUCAAUAUUUUUAUCCGGAGGCCAAGGUCAGGUGAUUGGAGGUAGCGUUGUCGCUCCGCUUGUUGCAUCAGCUCCGGUUAUACUAAUGGCUGCUUCGUUCUCAAAUGCGGUUUUCGAGAGAUUGCCAAUUGAGGAGGAGGAAGAAGAAGGCGGUGGUGGCGGCGGCGGAGGAGGAGGACCACCGCAGAUGCAGCAUGCCCCAUCAGCUUCUCCACCAUCGGGAGUGACCGGUCAGGGACAGUUAGGAGGUAAUGUGGGUGGCUAUGGUUUUCCCGGUGAUCCUCAUUUGCUAGGAUGGGGAGCUGGUACACCUUCAAGACCACCUUUUAAUUGAAUUUACAUAUUUUAUCAACGGAUAAUUUUAUGUGUGUUUAAAUCAUUUGUGGAGUCCUCUUUUAUUUGGGAUCUUUGGUAUUUAUUUUGUAGUUAAUAUGCAUAUUUGAGCGUUCGUGUUUUUUCUUUCCUCUUUCAUCUUGAUAGAUCGAUCCUAGACGUUAGAGGAAUGCAUAUUUGUCUUUCAUAUUGUUACUUAGAAAUACUCUCCAUAUACGUCUUUCUUUCAUUCAUUGCUAGGGUUUCGUGAUGUACGGUAUAAUUAACUAUUAUCAUACUUAUUACUUAGCUCGAUUUGAUAGA